CCGGCUUUGAUACUUAUAUCAAAAACAUUAUUUAAUUCCAAAGUCUAUCUUAUUAACUAUGUUUUAUCAAUUUGUCAUAUUCGUAAUUAUGUGCAUAAUCAUAAUAAUAAUGCCUAGUUAUACCAAGACAAAAAGUAACGGAGAUUCUCUUAACGCUAUACUGCUGAAGUGCUCAGAUAAUAUCCAUGAAGACAAGCCAUGUGUGCCCCAUUUGAUUAUUAACAUUGUCUUUGCUCCCAAUUUAAAUUCAGAUAAUGUGGAUAAGCUUCUAAUACUGGAUGAAACUUACGAACCCUCCACACGUCAAUCCUUAAAAAUAAUGUCACCUUAUAUCAUAGUAGUUACUCGAAGUGAUCCAAUAAUUACUUAUCCGCUGAAGUCCUCAAGUUGGACAAAUUCAAAUAAUUAUAAUAUAAAGCAACCUGGGCAAGAGAAUAUAUAUGUUUACGGUAAAAUAAUUGAAAAUAAAUCGAAUUAUUCAGAGCAGAGUCUUCGAGCAACAAAGAACGAGAAUACUAAAAUCGAGAACUCAAAUAUUAAUGAUAUUGGAAAGAAGUCUUCUGAAUUUUGUGACCAAUCGAGAAUACACCCAACACCAACAGAUGAGGAAUAUUCCAUCUUUAAUUUAAGCAUACCACAUCCAUUUUUAACAGCUAAAAUACGAAUUUUCAGAAAAAGAAAAACAAUUUGGUGGCGGAUUAUGCCAAUAAUUUUAUUAAAUAACUUGUCUGGAACAUAUGUAAAUGGAAACAUUUCAGCACUGUUGACAUCUCACAACGAUAUUCUAGACAAAAAGGACCCAAAAUUUCUGGAAAAUUUUAAGCUUUUAAUUCCAAGCAGCUUUAUUGUGAAUUCUGAUAAACUAAAUGGGUUACGAAUUUAUAAGAGCAUAUUUCACCAAUUUCUAAAUAAUAAUACAAGCAAGUUUUUAAAUUUACUCAAUGUUCAAAAUGAACUUUCCCGAAAUAAUGAUCGGGGAUUCAGUUCAUCUCCAGCUAAAAUUUUAUCGAAGUGUCCUGAUAAUAAAAAUGCAUUGUGCUUAAAUGUCUUAGACGAUCAAGUCCCUGCAUUUGAUAUCAAAAUAAAAAUGCCAUUUGUAGAAAACGCUGCACAACAAGAUGCUUUGAAAGUCAAAAUUUCAAGAAUUGUAACUGAUGCCACGACUAAAGAUGCUUUACAAAUUUUUGUGGAUGUGAUAAAUAAAGGAAUAAAAGCUCAUGAAUUUCUAAUAAGUAUUAAUGGCUGUCCAUUAUCUGAAACCGGGGCAUCAACAACGGUGACAAAAAUACUAAUUCCCUAUAUUUCUGAAACAAUAACAUUCUUACUGCCUUUUGUAAUGGGCCUAAAGAAAAAUGUCAAGUAUAAUUGCGACGUGAUUGUUAAAACUAAUGAAAUGAAGAACACCGAAUUGGAUCCGAAAAGAAAAACAUCAUCAGAUUCAAGUGUUAUGAUUGUAUCUAGAAGACCAAUGGAAAUAGAAACUCAUUCGAGAUGUUUUUGCGUUUGGAAUUGUCGGUGUCAUUGUAUAGGCAAAAUAGAAACUCAUAGCGAUAUCAAUGUGUGUCAAAUAAUGAGUUAUGAAACACAAAAAGAUGCAGGAUUACAACUAAAUUGUCCCUUAAAUGAUGACUACAAUGACUUGUGUUCAUUGGACUCAAAAAAUAACAACAAGAAUAUUCAAUCAUCAUCAUUAGAUCCUUACAAAACUAUCGGAGCGCUUCUUAUUUUAAUUAUGGUCUUGUUUUUAUUGGCAAUUUAUUUUUGUAAAUGCUUCAAGCCACGGAAAGAAGAUUUAAUUGUUGCGAGCACAGAAUGGCUAUGUUGUGCUGAAAAUAACUCGAUUAAAUGCACGAGAUAUAUACCAUAUGUAUAUAAGGGACGGGCGCCAUCACGAUCGAGUCAAACUGCGUACUCUCUCAAUUAUCAUACGCAAGCAGUCGUUGCACCCUCUGCAAAAGUUUCGUUUUGUCCAUCUCCAGAAAUUAUACGGAAGAAAUCCAGUCAAUCGGAUUUGUUGGAGUCUGCUUUGCUUACGCUUGCCAGACAACAAAAGGAACUAAGAAAGCAGUCUACGAAAAGAGAAUAAUUCAAAUUAUGAAUAAUUUAUAAUGUACUUGUUAUGCUUAAUUUGGCUUUACGUCAAGAAAAUUUUGUUUGUUUAAAUUGA